UCGCCUCCACGUCAGUGCAGCUCAAGCUCAGUCGCAGACCGGACACAGUCUGAGAUCUACCCCGAAGCGACCGACUUCUGUUUAAAAGGAGCGAUGACUGAGGCUGACUCCUUGCCCGCCGACAUGAAGCUGUCCUCACUUCAAGAUCCUGGCGACCGGUAUAAGCUGGGGGACUUACUGGGCUCCGGGGCCUACUCAGAGGUUUUCGAAGCCACGGACCAGAACUCCGGUGGCAAGAAAGUGGCUAUAAAGAUUCUCACGGUGUCUUCGGACACGGUGGAGGACCUGCACAGUGAGUACAAAAUCUUGAGACAGCACUCCGGUCACCCCAGCCUUCCGGAUCUCUACGGGGUCUACCUCAAGAAGGCAGAAUCACGCUCCGAGAAUGACAAACUCUGGUUCGUCAUGGAGCUUUGUGGAGGCGGACCUGUGACUGAUUUGGUCCGAGGAGUGAACGAGGAAAAUCGGCGAAUGAGGGAGGAACACAUCGCCUACAUUCUCAAAGAAAUAAUUAAGGUUCUGGUCCAUCUCUACGACAACAACGUGAUCCACAGAGACGUUAAGGGCAGCAACGUACUUCUCACCAAAGAUGGAGAAGUUAAACUGGUGGACUUCGGUCUGUCAAGGUCUCUGAAGAGCAACCGAGACAAGCUUAGCUCUUGCCUGGGGUCUCCGUGCUGGAUGGCACCGGAAGUCAUCGUGAGCGGCUUCACGGAGGGCGAAAAUGCGUACGACAGCCGCGUCGACGUCUGGGCUCUCGGUAUAACGGCUAUUGAGUUGGGCGACGGAAAAGCUCCUCUCCAGGGCCUCCACCCCACCCGGGCCUUGUUUCAGAUCUUGAGGAACCCCCCGCCCCGUUUGUACCGCCCCGCCAACUGGUCCCAAGAAUACAACGACUUCAUCGCAGAGUGCCUUGAGAAGAAUCCUGAGCACAGACCCUACAUAACGGAGUUAUUGGAGCAUCCGUUCAUCACAGCAGUUCCUGAAAAUGAUUAUCACCUAUCAAUGGAACUGAAGAUUCUAAUAGAAGACUUCGCCAGGAUAGGAAAAUCGACUCGUAAAAUGGAAGUCGCCAUCAGGAACGGUUGCUUAAAAACAGGGCUGUCGCCAACACCGGAAGUGAUGCGCCUCGAAGACCUGGCGGCGAUGGAGACGCUAAGUGAAGACUCGAUCCUUGCAGAACUGCACGAGCGUCUCAAGCAAGGGCAGUGCCACACUUUCGUGGGCGACGUGCUGCUGGUGCUAACACCCAACGAGAAACAGACCAUUUACACUGACGAGUUCCAUGCCAAGUAUCAGAUGAAGGCCAGAUCGGACAACGCGCCGCACAUCUUCUCGGUGGCGGAUCGAGCCUACCAGGACAUGCUGCACCACGAGGAGCCUCAGUAUAUCCUGCUGGCUGGGGAGACGCUCUCCGGCAAGACCACCAACAUGGCGCAUCUGCUGAGACAUCUCUUGUUCCUUGGACAGAGUCCAAACAAAAUUGGUGACAACGUGGAGAAAGCGAUGCAGAUCGUUGAUGCCCUGAGCAACGCGGCUACACCAUUCAAUCCAAACUCGACACGACACCUGCUGCAACUUGAGCUCACCUUCACGGCGACUGGCAAAGUGAGCGGCGCUGUACUCUGGCUGUACCAGCUGGAGAAAUGGCGGAUCACUACUCCACACAAGGGACAAGCCAAUUUCCAUAUAUUUUAUUACUUUUAUGAUGCCAUGGAAGCUACAGACCGUCUGGAACGCUACGACCUAGAUGCCGGCCGCGCGUAUCGUUACCUCCGCACGCAGGCAGCAGAUAACUGCGAUGAAAAUAUUUCAGGAGUUAGAGAAGAUCCUCGAGGAAAUGUGGUGAAGUUUCAAGAGCUGGAACAACACUUGCUUGAUCUAGGUUUCCAAGACGACCAGAUGGACACCGUCUGCGGCCUGAUUGCUGCCAUUCUCAAUCUCGGGGAAGUGCGGUUCAAGCUGGGCCGUGAGGAAGAAGCAGAACUCGAAAACCCAGAAGUAGCCACGAAAGUGGCCCGGCUGUUGGGAGUAGAUGAGGAGAAGUUCUUAUCGGCCCUUACCAACUGCUGCACGAUUCAGGAAGGAACUGCAGUAGGGCAAAGGCACACACCACUGGAAGCUGAGGAAGCUAGGGACGCCCUCGCUUGCGGCAUCUACUUCAGGCUUGUCGACUGGAUCAUUAAUGUUAUUAAUCAAAAACUGUUUUUCACAAGAGCAAUCUUCAGUGACAAGUACUCUAUCACUUUGAUGGACCUGUGUGGUUUCGAAUGCUUCGGGAAGAAUGGUUUGGAACAGCUGUUCAUCAACACUCUGAAUGAGCAGUUGCAGUACCACUACAAUCAGCACGUCUUUGCAUGGGAAAUGGAGGAGCAGGAAGUGGAGAAUAUUCCAGCCAAAGUGCUAAAUUAUUAUGACAAUAAGCCUACUGUGGAUGAGUUAAUGGCUAAACCAGAUGGUUUAUUUCAUUUACUGGAUGAAGCCAGCAGGACCAACCAAAGCUCUGACUUCAUACUCGGUUUGCUGGAAAGUUCUGGGAAGAGUUCCAACCUUAAAGUUCUCAAUGGACAUGAAUUCAGCAUUGCCCACUACACAGGCAAAGUGUUAUACGACGCUAAGGAUAUGAUCGGCAAGAACCGAGACUUCCUGCCCCCAGAGAUGGUAGAGACAUUGCGCCUGUCCUCCAAUGAUGUGGUGAAACUUCUGUUCACCAACCAACUGUCAAACACUGGCAAUCUCAUCAUGUCUGCUGAAGACUGUGGCUUCAUCACCAACAUGAAGAAUCGUUGGGGUACUGCCCUCAUGGCCGGUAAUGCUUGCAGAGCCAGGAAGUACCUCACUGAGUCACAGAGCCAGUUCUCCCAGACAGGGCAGAUGAGGACAGCAGCCACGACAUACCGAGGAACAAGUCUGGAGGUCCUGCGAGGAGCAGGCAGUGGCAGCAGUCACUUUGUUCGGUGCAUACGCACCAACCUGACGGGGCAGCCUGGCGACUUCCACCAUGAAAUUGUGCGCCAGCAACUGAGGGCCCUUGCCGUGGUCAACACAGCCCAGGCCAGGCAGAAGGGAUACCCAUAUCGCAUUCCAUUUCCUGAAUUUAUCCGCAGGUAUAAAUUUCUGGCUUUCAACUUUGAUGAGACAGUGGACGUCACCAUGGAUAACUGCCGAUUGCUUCUCGUGCGCCUCAAACUGGAGGGCUGGGUUAUUGGCAAGAGCAAAGUUUUUCUCAAGUAUUAUAACGAGGAGUAUCUUUCCAGGUUAUAUGAAAUCCAGGUGAAGAAAAUCAUAAAGGUGCAGGCUCUGAUGCGCGUCUUCUUGGCGAAGAGGAAGUUGAAGUUCCGUGAACAUUCUGGUAAACAGGAUUCUACCACUACAGAACAGACAGCACCCCAUACCUUUGAUUACGCAAGAGCGGGAGAUGGCAAGAGCGUACAACAGAGUUCAAAAUCCAGUUCCGAACUGACCGAGGAAAAGGCUUCUAUCAUCAUCCAGAAACGAAAACUGGAUGUAAACACAAUGAAAUUUAUACUCGAGUACUACAGAAGAUGGAAAGCAAAAACCAUAUUUCAAGUGCUGCUUAUAUACCGUGCUGCCAGACAACAGGAUCUGGUCUACCUCUCCCAGCAGAUCCACUUAUAUAACCAAAGUGCCAUGAGUGGAUUGGAUAAAUGCAACAAGGUGUCCGUACUGCUGGAGCGAGUUGAAUGCGGAGCUCAUGCGUCACUUGUCCUCGGCAAACAGCGCCCCACCGUCUGGAAACUGCCCUUCCAUCUUCAGCAAGACUUCCCUUACUUUGAAACUACAAAUCUCAAUGAUCCUGUUACUUCAGGGCUAGAACCUUCAAAGCUUACUGAAGAUACUGAAGAAAAAUGGGACGCACCACUUCAGCGAGGAAAAUUUGCACUACAGAAAAAAGGAAGGCUAGUUGUCAGUUUCAAAUAUACUGAAAAUUGGGACACAAGUUAUGAAAAAUUGUGUUCCUUAAGACCUUAUUCAGGAAAUGGGAAAAAUAAUAAGGGAAAAGACAACAGUAGUGAACCCAGUAAAUUUAAACUUCAUUACUUUGCAGCAAUACAGCGACAGUGUAUAAGAAUAAACAUGAAAAAACUUCAUAUGGAAAAAAUAAUUACACAUUGCAUUAUUCUGUAUGUUAAAGACAAGGAGGUACAGACUGGUUUCUCUCCGAGUCCAGUAGAGCAUUUCAUACACAUGCCAUUCUGCAGGGAUCCAAGGGAAAUUGCUUCAGAAAAAUCAAUCUUACAACCAGAGCAACACUGUGCAAAUAGUAACCAGCGUUAUCCAUCUCAGAGAACAGAAAGUCCAAUGCAAUCCUUACAGUACACAUGUACAAAGGGUUAUGGCUACAAGAAGACAGAAGUUUACAAUCCUGGAAAAGCCAGGCGCCUUGAGAAACAGAGACAAGAGCUAGACAAUCACUCGAGGAAAUGGGAGAAUAGCAACAUACUGCAGAAUAAAACUCCAGAGGGUAUCCAGAGAAAUACCGUAUCACCAACACUAAAACAAACAAAAAGGAGCCCAAUGAAUAUCUCCAACAACAGAAAUUCACAAAAUGUUGAAACAAAAACAGAGUUAAGACGAUAUUCCGAAGAUAACAAGUUGGAAUCUACAAGUACCACAAAGAGAAAACAAUCAAGCACUUUAAAAAAUAAAGACAAUAGUUACGAGGCCAAUGAGAACUAUAAUCCUGGAAAACGCGGUGGUGGGACUGACUACUCUAACAACCCCAUAGUUGAAAUGGAGAUGAAAGGCAAGCAAUCACGUAACACAAAGGACACAGAUACACCACCAUUCAAUUUCCAGGCAAUGUUACGAAAAACUAAUAUUAAUCGGGCUUCCCUGAGGAGAGCUCAUGACGCAGUAUCAGAAGCUACAACCAAAGAAAUCUCUGAACAGAGAAACAACAAAAACAGUUCGACAAAUGGUGAAAAUAACACUAGAUCCAGGACCAACAGCACACACAGACAUAAUCGUAUAACUCCUGCAUCUAGUUUAAGCAGGUCCGACCCAAAAGAAUCUUGGAACGAAUACGAACACCGGAGUACAAAUAACACAAAGAGCUCUCAGAGUGAAAGUGAAGAGCAGGGCAAAUAUAAUUCCAUUUUAUAUUGGAGUAAUUGUGAAAGCAAUUCAGAUUCCAAGAAACCUUCGAUUGAAAAUUAUCAACGCAGAUCUGACCUCAACAAAUCAGAGGCUGAAAAUGAGCGAAAGGGUAAGGCCAGUUCCAGUAAGUCUUCAUAUAAAAUUGAACCAUGUGAGUCAGAGUUCAUGAAGUCUCAGAAUAAGAAUGAACAGCGUGGGAGAAUUGAUUCUAAGAAAAUUCUGUCAGAAAAUAAGCAACCCGGCUCAAAGAAUGUAUCCAAUUUAAAAAAUUCAUUCAAUGAAUAUGAAAAUAACAGCUGUACAAGAACCAGAGAACAAUGGAAGAACAAAACAGAAAUAACAAGUACAACAGAACUGGUUCCGGGUCUAAUCAUACAAGGACAAGUCACAGAUCUAUAG